AGGAGGAAGGACAUUUAACUCUCAGCUCUUUUCUUUUUGUUGCUGUGGAGAUGAGUCCUCUGACACGUGUUCUCUUUGGCUGUGCUCUCCUGACUGUGUCCGCAGGAGAAAUGUACACAUCGCUGCUGAACGUCAGGCAGGCGAUCAGUGUUGAACGGAAGCUGAUCGAUGACCUGAGAACUUACAUUGACCACGAGUUUGAGAGGCUGCAGGACAUCAGGCGUUUUUACACCAAAGUGUCUGACCUGCACACUGGACUUUAUAAAGGCCCGGCAGCUGCGAUGGCGAACCCACUGGUGGCCUUCACCCUGAUCAAGCGGCUGCAUUCAGAGUGGCUGAAUGUCAUCUACAACAGCGAAGCCUCUGAGAACACACAAGCCCUCAGGUCCAGUUACGAGGAGGAAGAAGCUGAACUGCCUAAACUGGAAGACCUCCAGGGGGCCGCCAAGGGGCUGAUGAGGCUGCAGGAUGUGUAUGGUCUCCAGGUUGAGAGCCUCGUGAGGGGUCGCUUCCAGAGAGUCACAAAUGGAAAGCCUGCUGAUAUCUGCAUGCCCGCAGUCUCUGUGCCACUGUCUGGUGACGACUGCUUUCUGGUUGGAAAGGUGGCCUACGAGCAGGAGGACUACUACCACUCGGUGCAGUGGUUGGAGGAGUCGGUGCGUCUCUUCAGAGGAGUCGAGUGGAGCCCUGAGAAUGAAGGCACUUUGGAGGAUGCUCUGGAUCACCUGGCCUUCUCUCACUUUAAAACAGGAAACGUCUCCUACGCUCUGAGUCUCUCUCAGGAGUUACUGCAUCACGAUCCAAAGAAUGGAAGAGUUCUGCAGAAUGUUGAGAAAUACGAGAAGCUGCUGGUGUCUGCGAGUCCACCCAGGAGCAACGGGUUGAGGAGACCUUCAUCCGAUCACUUAAGGACCAGGGACACAUACGAGAAACUCUGUCAGACCCAAGGCUCUCAGCCAAUGCAUUUUGAAAACCCCAGACUAUUCUGUGACGACUUCACCAAUGGUAAUCCCGGCCUGCUGCUGAUGCCAGUGAGGCGAGAGGUGCUGAGCCUGCAGCCGUACGUGGUCCUCUACCACGAUUUCAUCACUCGCUCAGAGGCUGAAGACAUCAAGCAUGUCGCCCAGCCAGGAUUUAGAAGGUCUGUGGUGGCAACUGGAGAGAAGCAAGCAACGGCAGAGUAUCGCAUCAGCAAGAGUGCCUGGCUGAAGAACUCAGCUCACGCCAUCGUUGGGAAGCUGGACCAGAGGAUCUCUAUGCUCACAGGCCUGAACGUGCAGCAUCCGUAUGGCGAGUACCUCCAAGUGGUGAAUUAUGGGAUCGGUGGCCAUUAUGAGCCUCACUUUGAUCAUGCUACAUCACCGUCCAGUCCUGUGUUCAAGCUGAAAACUGGGAAUCGAGUGGCAACAUUCAUGAUAUAUGAGCACAUAAACACAAGACACUACUGUGAAGGAAUGUCCUUUUCCACAGCUCAGCUCUGUCGAGGCAGGUGGCUCCACAGCCUUCAUCUACGCCAACUUCAGCGCUCCUGUCGUGGAGAGAGCUGCUAUCUUCUGGUGGAACCUCCACAGAAAUGGCGAUGGAGACGUCGACACCCUGCACGCCGGCUGCCCCGUGCUCAUUGGAGAUAAAUGGGUGGCAAACAAGUGGAUCCAUGAGUAUGGUCAAGAGUUCCUACAUCGCUGCAGCCUGAAUCCAGAAGAGUGAGAGGCAUGGAGCAUUAGCUGGGCCCCUCGGAGUACAAGAGCCGGCCUCUACAAUUGAGAGGCACACUUACAGGCAAGGAGAAGGAGGCAGCCAAAAAGUGAGCACACAGGCAGGGGAGCUGAGAGCUGUGGAGGGGGGGGGGCUGUAUCUGUGACUGGAGCCCCUGCACCCAGGGAGCCUGGAGCACACACUGCUGCAGUGCACAUGGAUCACACAGCGCUGAGAGGCGGGGUGGAAGAAGAGUGGGGCAGUUGGAAAUUGGGCCCCCAGAGGCCAGAUUCUGCUUCUGCAGAUGGAGAGAGGCCUCUGCCUUCGCACACUGUGCUGGUUUCAGUUAACUGUGCAAGGCUGUUUACCUCCCGCUUGCUUAAAAACUGAACUUCUCAUGCAGCUCCUUUCCUAUGCUGGCCCCACUCAAGGGUCUGUCAUUACAAAUCAACACAGCAGAACUUCUUGGAUACUCAGAAUAAGUGUGCAUAAGCAGAUGCACAAGACAUUAACAAAUAUCCAUGUGUGUAUGAUGGUGUUGACAGAAAUAAAUGUCUCUUCUGGA